AUGGCAGGCGGUGAUGACGCCCCGGCCAGUCCACUGCCUCCGAGACGCCCUCCUCUAGGCCAUCGACACUCGAGCACAUCGUCGCAUGUCUCGCAGUCCCCGAGCGACUCGACCACCAAAGGCCACCACAAACCUGCACAUCACAAGCCCCAGCGACAUGUCGUCAGCCAUCACAAUCGCAUGGGGUCGCGCAAUCCUAGCUUCCAUCGUUCUCUGAGCAAGAUCAAGAUUCAGCAACACGACCAACGCCAGCACGACGACGACGAGCCCCCGACGCCAAAGGCGAAACAACAGGCCUCGGUAGCCUCACAAUCCACCCUGGUACCGCCCAGUCCAUCUAGGCCCAACAUGAGGCGCAACAACACGACCGUUCACCUUCCACGCAACCACUCACAUGCUGGUCUCAAGAAAAACCUCUCCAGUGGCCAAUUGUCUCGUCUUACUGCUGCGAAAGGCACUGUACAUGGUCGCAAUGCCAGCCAGCAUCAACGACCCGAUAUUCGACGCGCCCACACGCAACCAUACAAGCGAUCAAAAAGUCCUGCGCCCAAGGCUGCUCAAGUAUCCUUCGAUGUAGGCGACGAUGACGACGACGAUGAUGCUGAAGAGAUGGAAGGUGUCGAUGAUCAGUGGACAGAAGAGAGCGCAUCAGCUUCACCCAGUACCACACGCGACAACACACGGAACAACACGCGCCAGAACUCGGUCGUCCUUGAUCCCAAACAAAACCCCUACGCUCGCCAGCUCGCCGACGAAGAAGCUGCUGCUGACUCUUCUGGAAGCGACACUGUUGGCUCGCGUAGUCCGCCCAAACCUGCCAAAGCUCCCGUCUCUCUCAGCAUUCGGACCAAGGACUUUGCUGCUCCUCAAGCCGCUCCUACCUCAGCACCACAGCAAUACCAACAACAACAGCAACCUCCAACCUCAUCUUACAAUGCUCAGAUCGCACAGCAGCACAUGCCUGAUGCUGAUGCUAUAGCUCGUCGUCUACUCGAGAGAAAUUCUGCCGUAAAUGCUGCGCCACCGAGGGUCUCGUCCGUUUCAGCUUUGGCAAACCCAAACUCUGGCGACCCAAAGAGCUUGUCGACUCCAAAUGCUGGCUUGUCUGUUACAGGUGGCUCCAACACACCAGUCGUCUCACGCUUCAUCUCAAACGAUGGCAUCAACAGUAAGGAUGGGACGCCAGCCGACCUGUCGGGCUUCAUACAAGGCGCCAAAGGUCAUUCUCGGACCGUCUCACAAGCUCAGACACGCAAAGAACAAUCAGACCUUUAUCGUAACCAAUCUACCCCCAACUUUGCCUCACAGAAACAACCGCCGACNCCCUCGGGCUCUGGUGCUGUCACCCCAGACCCGGCUCUAAAUCAGAGCAGAACACAACAAAAACUAUGGCUACAACGUGGUCUCUCCAAUAUUGAAGCCAGCUCACAGCCCCACCUACCUGGUCUGCUACCAACAGGCCGUGCUCAAGCCAUGCGCACCCCGCAUGCCGGCAAACAGUUUGAGUUUGUUGACAAGGAGUGGGCCGUCGUGCGUCGCUUCCAAAACCCACUCGAUGCAGGCCUCGAACGACUACGGAAGAUGAAUGGAGGCUCUUUACCAGGGCGACCAGCCAAGUCCAAAGCAGGCGCAGCACAACAACACACCAAUGGCGGUGUCAAUGGCCAUAGGAGAGGACACUCCAAUGCCGCAUCUAUUGCUAGUAAGAAGAGCGAUGCUACCGUCGUCUCAGGCCCGGAGCACCCGGCAGCAGGCAGAAAGUCUCGUGUCAGCUUCCACAUGGGCGAUGCUGAAGGCGAUAACGACGACGAUGAGCAUGAAGAGCACAACUCACGUUCUGACCGCGAGAACCCUGCAGACAUCGCUCGCAGGUUAUGGGAUUCGCCCGUCGGUAUACAAGUAGAGGGGUAG